GCCACCCCAUCAUUUAUAUAAAGAGCUGCUCUGUGGAAUGAGAAGGAUUCACACUCUCAUUCAAACAGUGUCAUCCGCGAAGCACUGAGGAUCAGGAUACACGUAGAUGUGUCAAGCAUUCCUUACAGCAUUCAAAUAAGAUCAUAUAGCGUCUCAAUGGGAUGCAGACACGACGACGGAGAUGGAAUACUGUGACCAUCAUACACAUCAGUAAACGCACUGGGCAGCUUCAUAUGUAUUGUGUUUGUGAGCAAAGUACAUUGUUAAACAAUUCAAAUGGACACUGAGGUGCGUUUUAAACCUGUUGCAUGAGAUUUCAAUGUGAUUCUAAAAGCAAUGCAUCCCGGGGGCUUUCAGCUCUCCAUACCGAUCCCAUCGAUUCACAGCGGUGUAUUUCAACUUCCACGACAAUAACCGUGUCUGUCUGUCUGUCUGUCUCUCUCUCUCUCUCUCUCUCCCUCUUCUCCCCCGCUCUCUCUCUCUCCCUCUUCUCCCCCCACUCUCUCUCUCCUGUCACUAUAAUAUCACCACAGCUCUGCUCUUGAUUAUCAGAGGAAGCAGGGAGAGCACAAUAACAGUACUAAUACUAAUCACCACUGCCUGUCUGCCUGCCUGCUUGCCUGCCUGUCUAGCCGCUCUCCACAAACCAAGGCAGAGGAACGGAGUUGGAGAGACAGGAAGAAGGAAAACAACCCCCAUUUAUUUAAGAAAGACAUGGACUCGAAUUUUUUUCUGGAAGGGAGAAACGCCACGCUGGAAGGGGGCAGUUAUUUGGAAGGGGGCAGCGGCUGGGUGGCCGCGUUCCUCUGCCUGAUCAUCCUCAUCACCGCCGGGGGAAACCUCCUCCUCAUCCUGCUGAUCUUCACGCAGCGCUCCCUGAGGAACACCUCCAACUACUUCCUGGUGUCUCUCUUCAUGUCCGACCUGAUGGUGGGCUUGGUGGUCAUGCCCCCGGCCAUGCUGAACGAGCUCUGCGGGAGAUGGGUGCUGGCGGGCGGCUUCUGCUCCGUCUGGGUCUCCUUCGACGUGAUGUGCUGCAGCGCCUCCAUCCUCAACCUGUGCGUCAUCAGCCUGGACCGCUACCUGCUCAUCAUCUCUCCGCUCAAGUACAAGCUCCGUAUGCGCCCGGACCGCGCCGUGCUGCUCAUCCUCGCCACCUGGACCCUGGCGGCGCUCGCCUCCUUCCUGCCCAUCGAGAUGGGCUGGCACGAACUGGACUUCGAGAUCCAGGCGCCGAACGGGACUGACCCGGGCUGGGACAGCAGCGCCUCGCCCACGCCCCCCCAGCUUCCCUCCGCCCCGGAGGAUGAGGAGCAGUGCCGGCUGCUGGUCAGCCUCCCCUACGCGCUCAUUGCAUCCUGUCUGACUUUCUUCCUGCCUUCCGUCGCCAUUUCAUUCACCUACUGCCGGAUACUGCGGGCCGCCCGGAAGCAGGCGGUGCAGGUGGCCUCCCUCACUACUAACGUGGCGUCCACCUCCGACGCGCCCGUGCAGGUACGGAACAGCCAGGUGCCGAGGCCGGCACACCAGUGCGCUGCGGGAACCAGCGAGAGCCGCAAGCUGGCCAGCAAGCACAGCAGGAAGGCGCUGAAGGCCAGCCUGACGCUUGGGAUCCUGCUGGGCAUGUUCUUCGUGGCGUGGCUGCCUUUCUUCAUGGCAAACAUGGUGCAGGCGGUAUGUGAUUGUAUCUCUGGCAGGCUGUUUGAUGUUCUCACCUGGCUGGGUUACUGUAACAGCACCAUGAACCCGAUCAUCUAUCCGCUGUUCAUGCGUGAUUUCAAGCGGGCCAUGGCUCGGUACCUGCCCUGCUGCCCGCGGGCCUGGGAGCGCCGGCCCAGCCUGGUCUCUCUCUCUGUGCGCAAUUCCCAUAGCGCCCACCGGGUGGGGCUGUCACUGAAGAACAUGGUGACCCUUCCGGGCGAGAUCGAGUCUCUCACCUCUGACCCCUGCGACCCCACUGCGCACCCGCCAGGCAACAAGGACUCCCCGGCAACCGGCGCUGACUCCGUCAACCUGUUCGACAUGGAGCAUGCUGGGAAUGAGCUGCUGCCCAACCAGAUCAACUCAGCCUUGGACUGAACCAC